AUGCGUUUCUCCUCCACGGUGGCUGUCGGUGCUCUCGCCGCCGGCGCCUCGGCUGCCGAGAACUACCUGGGCUUCAACUCGGGAGCCACCUUGCCCGACCGCUCCGCCAAGUUCAAGAAGGACUUUGCUGCCGAGAUGACCACCGCCCAGAAGCUCCAAGGCGCCCCCGGCACCUUCAACGCCGUCCGUCUCUACACCAACAUCCAGGCUUACUCCCAGGAUGACCCCAUUGAGGCCUUCGAGGCCGCCAUCGACACCCAGACCAAGCUGUUGCUCGGUAUCUGGACCUCGGGCACCGAUACCAUCGACAAAGAGAUCAGCGCCCUGAACAAGGCCGUCAAAAAGUACGGCAGCAAGUUCACUGAUCUCGUCAUCGGCAUGUCCAUCGGUAGCGAGGAUCUGUACCGUAACUCGGCCACCGGCGUUGCCAACAAGGCCGGUGUGGGCAACCAGCCCGACGCCAUCGUCAAGUUCAUCAACGACUACAAGAAGGCCUUCAAGGACAGCCCCCUGUCCAAGGUCCCUAUCGGCCACGUCGACACGUGGGACGUCUGGCCCAACGCCACCAACAAGGCCGUCAUUGACGCCGUCGACUGGAUCGGCGUCGACGAGUACCCCUACUAUGAGAACGCCAAGGGCAACAGCAUCAAGAACGCCCCUGCUCUAUUUGACAAGGCAUACGAUGCUGCCAUCGCCGCCGCUGGUGGCAAGCCCGUCUGGCUGACCGAGACCGGCUGGCCCGCGACGGGCCCCAACUGGGACGAGGCUGUGCCCAGCGUCGAGAACGCGCGCUACUACUGGGCCAAUAUUGGCUGCCGCCGCCUCUUUAACAAGACCCCGACUUUCUGGUACACCCUGCGCGACUCCAACCCGGACAACGAGGCCAAGUUCGCCAUCACCAAGGAUCUGUCGCCCGAGCCCCUCUUCAACCUGACCUGCCCCACCACCUUUGACGUCGCCACCACUACCUCCAGCUCCAGCGGCUCUCCCACUCCCACUGGCAACAGCACCUCCGGCUCCGGCUCCGGUAGCGGCAACAACUCUGGCAACAGCUCCGGCGGCAGCAACUCUGGCAGCUCUGGUGGUACCACCACCUCGGGCUCUGGCAGCAGCGGCAGCACCACCAAGCCUGCUACUGCUAGCGGCACCAACGCUGCUACCAGCCUGCAAGUCUCCUUCGCUGGCGCUGCUCUUGUUGCUGGUGUCUAUGCCCUGCUGUAA